AUGAUAGUGUUGUCUUAUAAUAUUAGAGGUGGUGGCAGCAGGGCCAAGAGGAAAAGGGUUGGAUUAUUGAUUCAAAAAGAGGAUGCUGAUGUAUGUUUCAUUCAGGAAACCAAAUUAAGUGGGAUUAAUCUGUGUUACGUUAAGGAGAUGUGGGGAAGUGGGGAGGUAGAAUGGUCUCACUCAGAUGCUAGCGGCGCAUCGGACGGUAUUCUUAUCAUGUGGAAGAAGGAUUUCUUUUCUCUGCUUUUCAGUUUUAGGGGUGAAGGUUUUCUGGGCUUAUGUGUGGAGCUGCACAAGAAGAAGAUUUAUCUGAUUAAUAUUUACGCUUCUUGCGACACCUCAGUAAGAAGGAGAACAUGGCAGAAAAUCUUAGACUUCAAAAACUCCAACCUUCCGGGUUCUUGGUGUCUAGGCGGGGAUUUUAACUCCAUCUCCCAUUUGGAGGAAAGAAUAGGUGUUGCUAACAGAAGUUAUCGUAACGAGAUCAAUUACUUCAAGGGUUUUAUCGAUGAUAUGGACUUGGUGGAUGUUCCAACUAUCGGAGGCAAAUUCACAUGGUUCAACAGCAACGGUAAGGCUAUGAGUAGAAUCGACAGAUUCUUGUUGUCUCCUUGUUUCAUAGAUGAUUGGAACGUGGAAGGACAAAUCAUUGGUAGUAGGGAUUUAUCUGAUCACGCUCCGAUUUGGAUAAAAGAUAAUAGGAAAAAUUGGGGUCCAAAGUCGUUUAAAUUUAACAAACUAUGGCUGAAACACAGUGACUUUACCGCGUUUGUGGAAGAUGAGUGGAAUCUUUUGUAA